UUCCACUGUUACAUAAUACCAAAUUAUAAAUAUUUCCUUAGAAUUUAUUGAUUAUAUGCAUUGUCCGAGCAAUCUUAAAAAGUCUACGCAUGACAAAUCGUAAAUAUAUAGAUAUUCGCGAGUUCUUCGUUGUGUCACGUAAGCAAGUAGUUUCUGACUAAUCGAUGGAAAAACAUCGAUCGUUCCUGCGGCACAGGUGAAAUCGGCCAACGGUGGAAGGACCGCUCUCAGUCGAGCAGGUUAACUCUUGGUUCGACGACGUUGUUAUUUCUUCUACACGCUUCCGACUUUUGAAGACCAUCAAAUAUCGCAAACUUAUCUUUCAAUAAUCAACGCUGUCCUUUUAAAAAUUCCAACAGGAUAGAUAGACAGAGGAAACAAGUAGGAAAGGGAGAGAAAAGAGCAAAGGCUAUAAAUACCUAACUGGUCGAUGUAUACUACUGUGCGUUCGCUCGUAUGCGGGAAUAAUCAAGGUUAGCGCUAGUUUUCUGGGUCAUGUACGUGACCUUGAACAAGUCGAAUACGUGCAAAGAAUGAUUAAGCGAUUCUAAAUGUUCUCGAAGAAAAUAUAUUAAAAUCAAUAAAAUGGCGGCGUCGACAGAACGUUCGAAGGAUCCCUAUGAAAUGGGAUUUCUUUUAGCACCAAGAGUACCUCAGGGUUUGGCAGCCGUAGUGGAAAGUUUAACGAGAGAGGUCUUACGACAACGUCCCGAAGACAUUUAUGUUUUUGCUGCUCGUCAUUUCGAGAAGUUGCUUACACUUCGAGAACAAUACGAUGUCGUCGGUAAGAAAACGAGCGAUAAUUUUUCCAAUACAAUCAAAAGACGUAGCAAUUGCAAGGAGUCUAGAAAAAGCAAACGAACGACGAAGGACAUCGGUGCGACUAGUGGUUGGUCUUUGAAUGAAACGGCAAGAGUUCUUGAAAGGCAUCGAAAUAUUUUUGGAGAUGGAGAAAAGAGAAUAAGCACCGAGGAGGUCCGAGCACUUGCGAACGAAAAGAAUGGACGAUCGUCUUCUGGCACGAAAAAUAAACGAGAGAAAAGAAGAUCUUCCGACACUAGUCAAGAAUAUUCGAGAGAUCAUCUUAAAGCAACAGAUAAUAAUGAUUCUGUGAGACUCGAUCGUAGCGCGAAAACGCUUAAAAUCAUUUCGCAAAUACCAACGGUUUUAACUCGUAACUCUGGUACGAAGGAUAUCAAGAUGGAGCUUAGAAAAAAUAGAUUAAGUGGUAGUUUAAGGGAAAAGAGCACGGAUUCUUCGAAUGAUAGUCAAUUUCAAGAACAAAUUAGCGAUAUAUCGAGGAAAUCUCCGGGGAAAGCUGAACGUGCCGAAUUAAUACAGAAUUUUGAAGAAGAACGAAUAAAUAAGAGGACGAUUCGUCGUAGUGAAAGCGUCGAAAGAAAUUCGAGCCGAUCGAGCCGGUCACGGAGAAGGAAAGACAGUUUUUCCGAGUUUCUUCCGGAUAGAAAAGAAUUAUCCAAAGCUCAUAGUAUGGAUCAAGUGAAAGAAUAUGUUGUUUGUACGUUCGGUUCUGUUAAAAAUACCGAUGAAUUUGAUAAGAGUUACGUAGAACAAGUUCAAGACGUGAUCGAUAGAAACAUACCGAUAAUUAAAGAAAAAGUUGAGGAACUCAAGAACGACAUUUUAUCAAAGAAAUCAAAAAGAUCAACUUUUAAUACAGAAAAAUCGAAAAAACGUGGAAGUAGACCUAACACUUCGGAAAGUGAUACUCGAUCGAACGAAGAUCAGCAAAGACAUCGUAGCAAGAGAAGUUCCAGUGCUGAUUCAACAGAUUUUAGAAAACAACAAGACGAUACCUUGGAAGGAAGACUGAUGAAUACUCAAAACAUUUUAGAGGGCAUUUCGUCGAAAUGUUAUCCAAAGUCUCAAAAUGUAAAUCACCGGUCUAAAUCAACUAAUGGUCAUUCGAACGAAGAAGACAACAGGUAUUCGACGUUAGAAGGAAAUUCCAAGAUUAUCUUGCCAGCUGUGAGACCGGCGUCUUCCAAAAAUUCAAGGAGUCUUUCACGCAACGAAUCAGACAAUUUAAUUUUGCCACCAAUUUCACCGGACACCGGUAAGAUUCCAAAGAAGAAGGACGACAUGACGUUACCAACGUUGUCGACUAUGACAACCGAAACCUCAGUUUCUUCUUCGUCUCUUCGGUUAGAAGAGAAAGAGAAUAAUUCGGUGGACGACAAAAACGGCGAUCUUGGAGAUGAAAUAUUGCAAUUAUCAACGUCGAUCAAGGAAGAUAUCACGUCGACAAGAAAAAUGUUAGAGAAUGUCAACGACGCGUUAAAAGCACCGAUGACACCCGACGAUAAAGAUAAUAUGAAGCAAGAAACGUCUUCCACGAGAGAUACAACAAAUGAUGAAGUGGAAGGUUUCGUUCAGGAGACAACCGAGAAAUUUGACGAAAUUCUUGAUGAAAAAAUAUUAGAAGAAGACACGCAAGUGGAAGAAAUUUUCAAAGACAGUUUAAACGUUACACCAGAUAUCGUCGAUAUUCCUCCGACUCCAGAUUCUUUGGAACCACCGAUGGAAGAUGAACAAUCAGCUACGCUCGAUUCUCAUCUUUCGACGGUUGAAGAGGGAACGGAACUUAAACAAAAAUUGAUGGAGAUUCAAGAGAUGGAACGUAACGUCGAAAAAGUAAUAGAUUCUUUCGAAGACUCCAUUCGAAAGGACGAAAUUAAAAGUCCAAAACUAAUGAUCGUCGAUAAAGUUUCAGAAGAUUCGAUCGUUAUAGAAGCAGAAGAACCUGUAGAAGAAGUUAAAGAAAUAAUUAAAGAAGAAACGUUUGAUUUAAAUGGUUCGAAAAAAGAAUCUCCGAAAAGUACGUCCAAAUCGAACGAUAACAUGGAUGAAAAUCUCGUCGAUCAGAUAAAAUAUAAAUCCGAAAACGAAUCGGAUGAUGUAGAUGUAGCGCAACUUGUUAUGGCGAACGAGAAUGAAUCAACGGGACAAAUUAAAAGUGAUAAAUCAGAAGUAAAUGAUUCUAGUGACAAAGUGGAAGAUAUUAAAGAAAUUUCUGAAAGUAUUGGCGAUGAAGAUAUCACUAAUGAAUAUAAAAAUUCCCCAUUAUCGUCUAACGGACGAGAAAUAAACGAUUUGCUUCGUAUUUCGUUAUCUUCCUCGCCAAAAGAGAUUCCAUUUUCGUAUAUUCUCACGGAAGGUUCUCCAGUUGAAAUUCCAGAUUUUGUGACGACGGUAAUUAUCCCAGAAAGAUCACCGGCCACGCCAGAAUUUGAUCUCGAUAACAAAGAAGAAGACGUUGAACUACGGGACGAAAGACGAAAACGUGCCGUGGAAAGUUUCGGUGAAUACAUACAACCGGAACAAAUAGAAUGUUCUACCGUUGAUAUUGAUUUCAUUCGUGGUAUAAAAAUUGGUCAUGACAUUGCUAUAGUUCGACAGGAUCUCGAUGGUAUCAAAGAAGAAGAGGAAUACGAUGAAGAGAAACAAGUGAAAUUAACGAAUGAAGAAGAAGACGAUAAAAAUGAGAAAGAAAUGAAAAAGGAUCAUUCGCCUUUAUUGGAACAUAUUUCAGAGAAUGAAGAAAACGACGAGACUGAUGAGAAUGAUAAGAGCGAGACAAAAAUCAUUCCCAUUGUGGAAACAGAAAUAGAAUUAGAGAAUCGGACCGAUGAUAAAGAGGAAAUUAUCGAAAAUGUAAACGUAAUAGAAAAUUCUUUAGAAGGUGAAGAAAGCACGGAAACUGCCGAUGGCACUUCGGAAUCAACAAAUGAAGUUAAAGAGACUACGAUAACCGAUCGCUCGUCCGAUAGUUUAUCUCUGGAUCCUACAAGACCUAUAGUACCGGAAUUAAAUUUGGAUUCUUUACGUGACAUUACAAUAUCAUCAUUUAAAAUGAACGAUGCUGACGAAACUAUAUCGCUAACGGAGCCAACUUUGUCGGAGAAAGAAAAAGCUGACAUUGAACAUGACGCUCAAACGAAGGAAGAAGAAAAUUCUGAUAGUGCUAACAAAGAGGAUACUUCGGCAAUGGAAACGAUUUCGAUGGACGAAAAACCUAUGGAAAUUGAAACUUCUUUAAUUAAUUUAGAAUGUGAAGAAAUAAACAAGGAAGAACAUUCGGUUUCACCCGAAGAAAUUAUUAGAAACGAAGAGGAACUGUUGGUUACUUCUAACGAAAGAAAAACUCAGCCUGUGUUAUCUGAGAACGUUAAACAACGUGAUACUAUUAAAAGCGACUCUUCGCCUCUCGGCUAUUUAGAACUAGAAGAAAAUGCGGCUGAUCUAGACACCGAGGAAGAAAUAGCGAAAGAAUUGAUAGAAAUUGAUCGUGCCGAAAAUCGUUCUCCUUCUCAAAAGACUCCAAUCAUUUCGGAAGAUAAUCUUGAGGAGAAGUCUCACGAAACCUUGGAUUCAAACGGUACGAUCAAAGAUCAAGAGAUUUUAACGAUCGUCGAAGAAGAAAAUUUAAAGAAUAAGAAUGAGAAAGAAUGUGAAGAUUCGAUGUCUCCCAAAAGCGAAAGUUCUACUACAUCGGCAGAAAAUUUAAAAGAAAUCACAAGUACUAAAGACGAGAAAGAAAAUAUUUCUGAAAGAAUGGAAUCGAGAAAGUCGAGCGAUAACGAGAAGGAGAAAAAUCACUCGAAUGAAAGUCUAAAUGACAACGUAAGAUCUGAUACCUCUGUGACAGCUUUUGAAGAAUUCGAAACAAAGGAGCUCGCUCCGAAAUCGUCUGAGAAAAAAGAAUAUCACUUUUACGUAACGGAUCUUAUGCCAACUAAAAGCCAAGAGGAUACUUCGGAAAGUAGCAGUACAACUUUUCACUCGGCUGUUACGAAAAUUCAAGCCGGUGUUCGAGGUUUCUUAACGCGAAAGAGACUUCAAGAAAGUAAUCGUCUUGAUUCCACUUUAGAUAGUGUACCAUCUAUCCCGGAAAGCGUUACAGAAGAGCCACGAGUCAUUGAUUUUAAAUCUGUAUCAGAAACAAUCUCUGACUCACCGGUUAAAUCGACAAAUGCAUUAUCAUCGACGACCACAUCAGAGAACGUGAUAAUCGUUGAGGAGAAAGGAAACAUACCAAUAACGAAGACAGUCUCAAUGCCAGUAAAACAUCGACAAUGUCUUCGCCGUGAAGAUGCUAUGCAAAGAAACACUUUAUCGACGGAAAAUGCUUUUGCAUCGGGUGGAGUUCAACAUACUGGUGAAUUUCAUGACUGUUUACCAUUACCUGUUUUAGAAUCUACCGAAAUAACAAAAGGUAGCAGUCUUUCUCAAAAUGAAAGUAAAGAUGAAGGUGCAGAAGAAAAAUUAAUCGAUCAACAAAUAAAAUCUACGAGAGAAGAGAGUACCGUCGAGUCACCUAUUGAUUUAACGUCGGAAUCAAACGAACAUGAUAAUUACGAAAAUAUUGAAAAUAUAGAUAGAACUCCAUCAGAUUUUGUAAAGAAUUUAAGUAGUUUAUUUGGUGGAUUGCAUCCAAAAGACUUGACCAAACUUUUAGUAGGUCAAGUCAGUACACCCAUCAUGUUAGGACUCGUAGAUAUCGUUCCAAAUUCAGUAGGUACGAACUCGAACGUAAUAUUCAAAGCGAAUAUGAAUAUAAAUGCCAACGACGAUCGAACACGGCCUGUCAAGGAUGACUCGACUUUACAAAAUCGCUACUUGAACUUCAUAACAAGUGUUGAAGAUAACGAAUCUAGUCACGUUAAGGACACCGUGCAAGAAUACGAGGAUCAUUCCAACGAUCAUAGUAUACAAAGCCUACGAGAACCUCUGGCCCUUCCUGGAACACCGGAAGGUGUAUUAAUUGAGGAACUUAGUAGUCUAGACAGUACGACCAUGUCAAAACUUCAAGACAUUUCUUUCAAUCCUACCAGCUUGGAAUCUGCUACGAUGGAUCGUGAAUCUAUUGGAAAAUCAGUAAUAAAUUCAGAGAAUUCAAUGGAAUUAUUAAACAAAUCUGAUAAUGUAGAUGUACAGACUCCGAUUACGGUGAAACAUGAAGGAACUGGAACUGAAGAUAACGUCUCGAUUACAAAAGAAAGCGUUACUCUUGCAUCUACAAGACCGUCAACAAUGACUAAUGAAAGUGACGAACGCACAGAAUUAUCGAAGAGUCCAGAAGAAGAUAAUGUUGAAGAUAAAGACGAAACGGUAAAAGAUAAUGACGAUCAAUUAUCUGAAAAUGAAAAAAUUGAUGAUGCAAAUGAGAAAACGAUCGAACUAUCAACGAUUACGAAUCUUCCUUCGGAGAACGAAGAAGUUGAUAAUGAUGAGAAUCAAGAAGCAAGUUCGAAUGACAAAGAAGAAAAUAAAACAGUAAGUUCGAAUGGUAAAGAUGAAAAUAAAAUAGCAAGUGUGGAUGACAAAAAUGAAAAUAAAGCAGCAAGUUCGGAUGAUAAAGAUGAAAAUAAAGCAGCAAGUUCGGAUGAUAGAGAUGAAAAUAAAACGGCAAGUUCGGACGACAGAAAUGAAACAAUUUCAAAUGAUAAAGAUGAAAAUAGAGAAACAAGUACGGAAGAUAAAGAUGAAAAUAGAGAAACAAUUUCAAAUGAUAAAAAUGAAAAUAAAGUAGCGAGUUCGGAUGACAAAGAUGAAAAUAAAGCAGCAAGUUCGGAUGAUAAAGAUGAAAAUAAAGAAGCAAGUACGGAAGAUAAAGAUGAAAAUAAAGUAGCAAGUUCGGAUGACAAAGAUGAAAAUAAAGAAACAAUUUCAAAUGAUAAAGAUGAAAAUAGAGAUGCAAGUUCGGGUGACAAGGAUGAAAAUAAAAAAGUAAGUUCGAAUGACAAAGAUGAAAAUAAAAAAUCAAUUUCGGAAGACGAAGAUAAGAAUUCGGAUCACUCGAACAAUAAAGAAGCCAAAUCAUCGGCCAAAACGAUAGAAAUUUGUUCAGAUGAUUCCGUAAAAAAAUCAGAUGACAAAAAAGAAUAAUAUAUCGAUUUAUCAUAAAUCGACAUAAAACGAGCAAUAUACAAAUAUUUCUUCAUAAUAAAGAUACAUUUUAUGCGAAAAGAAUAUUAUUUUUAUUACGAUCUAAUCAGAGAAAUUUUCAAUUAGAUCACGAUAACGAUGAAAUUUCGUUUUUCACGAGAUAAGGUCAACCGAUGAUAUUUUAUUUAGUUUUAUUAACAACUUGUUUAUUACAUAGAUGCUUUUUAGCAAGAGUUCCCUUCGUUACGUAAUUUCUAGCAGCCGCUGUGAUGCUCGUUAAACUGUUAAUGACCAUAUCGCCAUUUUAAUUCUCUCUUCCCAUGUACGAAUAUUCACACAUCAGCGUGAAUAUCAUUCUGUUUACUGAAAGUUGUCGACAGUUCUCACUGGUUCACACUUAUUACACUUGGGAUAAUCAGCAAAAGUUUUAAUACAGUUCUCAGCGAACUAGAUAGAUCCAGUAACCUUAUAAUUAGAUACGACUAUAAUAAUCUAACGUUUGUAAUAGUCAACGCGUAAUGAACGAUAAAAUCGUAAAACAUUCACUGUAGAAUUUGUGUGUGGUACAUGAUAAUGUAUCGAAUAAAAAUAAUACUUUAAUUAUCUUUAAUUGUUAUAAUUUCACAGAGUUAACAACGAUAAGAAUGAGAUAUAAAAUAGAAACGUUUACUAUUUUCUAUACGUUUCCUACGAUAGAAGAAAUAACGGUACGCAUAUACGUGAAUAUAAUACAUAUAUUAUAAAAAUAUGUUUCCUUAUUAAAAACGCGUUAUUUCUAAAUGAGUCGUAUAUAUCAUUGAAUGUUAAUAACACAAUGAUUAAUGUUUAAGAAUAAGAAUAAUUUUAGAAACGACAGGAUUAUAUUUUUCCUGAUGACUAAAUGCUGACUUGACUCGUAACUGAAAUGACUCGCAUCAAGAUAGUAUCGAUUUACGCAAGAUAGUAACGUUCAAAACCAUGAAAAAUACGCAGUAAAUUUGAGUAGUGCACACGUGUAAACGACCUGCUCUAAAAUUACAAAUUGGAUAUAUCAAGCCUGUGGAGCUAUGCGUUCGAUGAACGACAAUACGACUAAUCAAAAGCAAACUCCUUUAAUAUUAGUGAACUUUCUUAUAUAGAGUUAUAUUUAACUGGAUAGCCAUGACAAGGCUAUUAGCUCGGAAUAAACGAUUUGUUUACUAUCGAAUCUAAUGCUUUGAAAAGAGAUACAAUGUACUUGGACGUUUCUCGAUCUCCUCUAUUCGAUCAGGUCGUUCUAGAUAUUCUUGUAAAAUCGAUAUAAGAUUUCCUUUUAUGAUUGAUCCGAUUUCUAACACCGAAUCAAAUCCAAGGCUAUGUAAAGCAAACUCGUCGAUGAAAGAAAUUGUCAUCGAUGCCAUCUUCCUUCGCCUUCGGUAUGACGCAGAAUCGAUCUAUCAACGUUCCGAUGGUUAUUAUUAGCGACUUAAUCACGCGUCUAGGGUGGAACGAAGGCACGUAUGUACAUUGAGAGCGUGCACCUGAUGUCUAUAGAUAGAUAUCGGGAGACUUUUACGUUCUACGUCAUUCUUGUACCAACCGAAUAAAACUACCACCUCCAUAUAGUGAGCUCACGAUCGCAAGUUAAUCGUCUUUUAACGUCACGCAUUAAUUCAUCUAUGAAAAGAUACAUCGGAGGAGAUAUACACGUGGGCUUUUUAUAUACUUAUAUCCUGCCGAGAGAACGAACAUUUUCGAUAAAGUGACGCCAAGAAAGUUGGAACCGAUGAUACAAGCGUGACGUCUUUCUUGCCUUCUCGUCAACAUUUUUUUUUCAUCUUACCUACACCGAGGUGCUAUAAUUAUUACAUUAAAAAAAUCUAUAACUAUGACAUUAAUCUUUGAAAAAAAGAAGUCUAUGUUAUCUCUAUAUAUUCUCCAU